AUGCAUGAGCUCCAACGUGAUAACACCGCGACCUUCUCUUUCCUCGAAGGUGACGUCGACUCAGCUGCCGGGCCUGGAAUCGCCGGCUACCAUGAUGGUCCGUACUACAGCUACUACCGUUUCCCACGCACCUUUUCCCACGAGGAUAGCGAUGAGUCCGACAUCCUGGAGGCGUACGAGCAACUGAGUGAAACAGUUGCCUUGGAAGGUCCGUUCGACGGGGUUCUGGGCUUCUCCCAUGGCGGCACAUUGGCUGCUGGAUUCAUGAUCCACCACGCCAAGAUGAAUCCGAAUGAGCCCGCGCCAUUUCGAUGCGCAAUCUUCAUCAAUUCCCUCCCACCCUUUCGCAUGGAACCUGGGAAACGUCCAGUCGUAGACGAAGGACUAGAAGGGUUUAUUUCCAUCCCCUGCGUGCAUAUUGCUGGGGCUAAAGACCCACUGUUUGAAUACUCCUUGGCUCUGUAUCGCCUAUGUGCUGUGAGGGAGUCGACAUUUGCCGUACAUGGAAAGGGCCAUGAAGUCCCUUGUGAUCAAAAGAACGUGGCCAUAAUCGCCAGUGCAAUUCGAAAACUGUCCAGUCAAAUAUUGUGA